CAUGGCGUCGUGUCUCUGCUCUCUCAGUAACAGAAAGUGGCCGCCUCUCUGCUGUUGCUGCCGACUCAAAGCUCACAGACUCGCUCGGCGCCUCAAACCGCCAUUUUGGAGUCAGAGAACCGAGAGUCGGCAGCAGCGACGAGAGAGACGAAAAAGGGGACACGGGGCCGAGGGUUUUUCACCUUUGUCUGAUCAUUACUCUUGGAAUCAAGAACAAUGAGAACCUUUACUGAGAAGUAAAAGUUCCUGCCCUGCUGGGCAGAGGUGUCUGUGCUGCAUGGCAUCUGGGCAGGGUGGCCGGCUGGAGGUUGGGAUAUCAGGGAGCUCUGGCCUGGCCAAACCUCUCUACCUGCAACGCUUGGAAAGAUCCCUGAGGUUGGACAGUUUUCUGCGCCAGACUGCCACCAUCUUCAACAGAGACAUAACCAGUGAUGACAGUGAUGACAGCGAUGGUGCAUUGGGGACGGGGCUAUCCCUCGACAACUCCACUCAACGUACAGCUUUGACAGUGAAGAGUGAGUCAUGUGAGCAGGGGGAUGGCGUGGUAGAGGGCAAGCCCCUCAACGGAGUUCUGUUGCAAGGUAAAGACCAAAAGGCAGAUAAAACGAGCCUGUACAAUUUCUCCAAGCUGAAGAAAAACAGGAAAUGGCUCAAGAGUAUCCUGUUGAGUGAUGACACCACAGACUCAGACACAGACUCUGAUGACUCUGAUUUCAGUUUGUCUCGGGAGGAGCUGCAUGACAUGCUGAGGGUACAUCGCUACACCAGGCAGCAUCAGAGCAAGUUCCAUUCUGACCGGGAGCUUCACCAAUAUCAGUACUACAGCACUGGACUCCUCUCUACUCAUGACCCCUUCUAUGAGCAACAACGCCACCUAAUGGGCCCAAAGAAGAAGAAAAUCAAAGAUGAGAAGAAAUUCAAGGCCAAACUGAAAAAGGUGAAGAAGAAGAAGAAACGUGGGGAGGGAGAGUUUCUGGAAGAGGGGCGCCCUUACAUCACCAAGAUCUUCGCCAAGUUCUCCCAUGAUGCACCACUGCCCAUGGUGAAGAAGAAACAUCUGACCAUUGAGCAGCUGAACGCACGGCGGCGUAAGGUCUGGCUGACCAUUGCCAAAAAGGAGAUCCCCAAGUCUUUCAAGCAGAAGACUUCUGCUAAGAACCUAGUGUUGACCAAUGCAAAAAAGCUGGCUCAUCAGUGCAUGCGAGAAGUGCGCCGUGCAGCUAUCCAGGCUCAGAAGAACUGUAAGGAGACGUUACCCCGGGCUCGACGCCUUACCAAGGAGAUGAUGCUUUACUGGAAGAAAUAUGAGAAAGUGGAGAAGGAGCACAGGAAGAGGGCCGAGAAAGAGGCCUUGGAGCAACGUAAACUGGAUGAGGAAAUGAGAGAGGCCAAACGUCAGCAGCGCAAACUAAAUUUCCUCAUCACCCAGACAGAGCUGUAUGCUCAUUUUAUGAGUGGUAAAGCCAGCAUGGGGGGUCCAGGAGGAGAUACAGCUCAGGAGGAAAUUCUUAGAAAGCUUGAAGACACUGCGGCUCAGAGACAGAUAGACAUCGGAGGAGGCGUAAUGGUCAACAUGGGACAGGAGGACUAUGAUAGUGAAUACUACAAGUCUCAGGCCCUGAGGAAUGCCAAAGAAGCCUACCAGAUUCAUCAAGAGAGAACGCGAAUGUUUGAUGAGGAGGCAAAAGACAGUCGCAGUGCGUCGCUGCAUGCAGCUGGUGGCUCUUCCUCAGGCACCGGCUCUGGGUUUGGAGAGAGCUACAGCCUUUCCAACCCAUCCAUCCACGCUGGUGAAGACAUUCCUCAGCCCACCAUCUUCAACGGCAAACUAAAGGGUUACCAACUCAAAGGCAUGAACUGGCUGGCAAACCUCUAUGAACAGGGAAUCAAUGGAAUCCUGGCAGAUGAGAUGGGAUUGGGAAAGACAGUCCAGAGUAUUGCCCUUUUGGCACACCUGGCAGAGAGAGACAACAUCUGGGGUCCAUUCCUGAUCAUCUCUCCCGCGUCCACACUCAACAACUGGCAUCAGGAGUUCACCCGCUUUGUGCCCAAAUUCAAGGUGUUGCCAUACUGGGGAAACCCUCACGAUCGCAAGGUGAUUCGGAAAUUCUGGAGCCAGAAAACCCUUUACACACAAAACGCACCCUUCCAUGUGGUUAUCACGAGCUACCAGUUGGUGGUCCAGGAUGUCAAAUACUUCCAGAGGGUCAAGUGGCAGUACAUGGUUCUGGAUGAGGCCCAGGCACUGAAAAGCAGCACCAGCGUUCGGUGGAAAAUCCUCCUGCAGUUCCAAUGUCGAAACAGACUGCUGCUCACCGGGACCCCCAUCCAGAACACAAUGGCUGAGCUGUGGGCCUUGCUGCACUUCAUCAUGCCUACACUGUUUGAUUCCCACGAAGAGUUUAAUGAGUGGUUCUCCAAGGACAUCGAGAGCCACGCCGAAAACAAGUCUGCCAUUGAUGAGAACCAACUGUCCAGACUGCACAUGAUCCUUAAGCCUUUCAUGCUGCGCAGGAUCAAGAAGGACGUGGAGAAUGAGCUUUCAGACAAGAUUGAGAUCCUGACCUACUGCCAGCUGACAUCCCGACAGAGGCUGCUCUACCAGGCUCUGAGGAAUAAGAUCUCUAUCGAGGACCUGCUGCAGUCCUCCAUGGGCACGGCCCAGCAGGCUCACAGCACCACCUCCUCCCUCAUGAACUUAGUCAUGCAGUUCAGGAAGGUGUGUAAUCACCCUGACUUGUUUGAGCGCCAAGAGACACGCUCUCCUUUUCACAUGUCCAUCAAGCCCUACAUAAUGUCUAAGUUCCUCUACCGUCAUGGCCUCAUUCAUGCACACAACCAGGCUAAGAACAAAUUACUUCAAGUGCUGUUGUCUCCCUUCUCUCCAAAUCACAUCCAGCAGUCUCUUUUUCAUAGAAAAGGUGAUGACAAAGGAAGUUGUUUCUCCUUCCUGCGCUUCAUCGACGUGUCACCGGCUGAGAUGUCCAACCUAAUGCUGCAAGGCACCUUAGCGAGAUGGUUAGCCCUUUUUCUGUCCCUGAAAGCUGCUUACCGGCUCCACUAUCAGCGAAUGUUUGGCCUUGAAGAAGAGAGGCAGGAGGAAGCCAGAGACGGGGAGGGGGCCAAAGGGAGUUUACAGCCCGGGAUUAAGUGUCUGUCUCGCAAGGACCUGAUUCUGUGGCUGAACAGACCCACCGCCGUCCCCAACACGCAAACCAGCACUAUCCUCCAGGAUCUGGUGUUCACAGCCUUCAGGCCCGGAAUAGUGGGACACACAGACGUGAAAAUCCACAGCAGAAAUUCUGCUACAUCCACGCUGCGGCCCUGCCGGCCCACACUGCCACCAAAGUUCCUGCUCGCUGCCACGCCCAGGGUGACAGCGGUUCCCAUGGAGCGUUACUGUGACGACCGCAGUGCUGAGUACGAGUGGUGGGUGACACGCAGCGGAGGGGGCACAAUCUUCAAACAGUGUUUUCUCUAUGGCUCCCCUGAACUUGCGUCAGACUGGUGUAUGAGGUCCAAUGCCUUCCACCCAGAAUGCCCUGGGGGUGUGAUGGCCCUCUGCCCUCGCCAUGGAUGGUCCUUCAUUCAGAUACCUGAUAAGGAGAGUCUGAUCACGGAAAGUGGCAAGCUCCACACCUUAGAUAUCCUGUUGAGUCGGCUAAAGGCGCAGGGACACAGAGUCCUCAUCUACUCCCAAAUGACGCGCAUGAUAGACCUUCUGGAGGAGUACAUGGUUUAUCGUAAGCACACCUACAUGCGCCUUGAUGGAUCCUCCAAGAUUUCUGAACGCAGAGACAUGGUGGCUGACUUCCAGAGUCGGACGGAUAUCUUUGUGUUUCUGCUGAGUACGAGGGCCGGAGGGCUCGGCAUCAACCUGACUGCUGCGGACACUGUCAUUUUCUAUGACAGUGACUGGAAUCCCACAGUGGACCAACAGGCCAUGGACAGGGCUCACAGGCUAGGUCAGACCAAGCAGGUCACCGUCUAUCGCCUCAUCUGUCAGGGCACCAUCGAAGAGAGGAUCCUGCAGCGGGCCAAGGAGAAGAGCGAGAUCCAAAGGGUGGUGAUCUCUGGAGGCAACUUCAAACCAGAUACACUCAAACCAAAAGAGGUGGUCAGCCUACUAUUGGAUGAUGAUGAGCUGGAGAAGAAAUUGCGACAGAGACAGGAGGAAAAGAGGCAGCAGGAGGAGAGCAGCAAGGUGAAGGAGCGCAAAAGGAAGAGGGAGAAGUAUGCUGAGAAGAAGAAGAAUGAGGAUUCAGAGAACAAGAGGAAAAAGGAGGUGAACCUGGUCAUUUCACAUGCGCCCUCAGCUGACAACUCCAACCUCUCUGCAGAUGGAGAUGACUCCUUUAUCAGUGUCGAGAUGGACUCAGCCAUGCCCAGUCCCUUCAGUGAGAUCUCCCUGAGCAGCGAGCUCCAGCCCGGCUCGUUGCCACCGGACGCCGAUGCGGACGAGAGCAGCAGCGACAUGCUGGUCAUCGUGGAUGAUCCGGUGUCUUCUGCGCCACAGUCUCGUGCCACCAACUCUCCCGCCUCUGUGUCUGGAUCAGUCUCUGACAACAUGAAUGGUGUUUCAGCCUCAGACACAAUCAGUUCUGGCAGAGGCAGGUCCGGGCGGAGUCGGGGACGGCCUAAAGGAUCAGGGGGUGGGGCCAAGUCAGGAGGAAAAGGACGUGGGCGCAAGUCAACAGCGGGCAGUGCGGCGGCUAUGGCAGGAGCGAUGGCUGGUGCAGCAGCUGCAUCAGCUGCUGCUUAUGCUGCCUAUGGCUACAGUGUUUCUAAAGCAAGCCUCUCUGCGUCCAGUCCUCUGCAGCCUUCCUUGGGCCGGUCUGGUACCAGCCCAGCCUUCAACCCCAGCAGAAGCUCGUCCCCCCAGGCCAAAGGAGGCACCUCCAACCCGAGUCCCCACAAACAGCUGGCCCACAGCCACCACCACAGCAGCCACAGUACAGUCAGGAAGGGCAAGGGCCCUGGUGGUCCUGGGGCUCGAUGAUGCACUCAUACACACUGUACAUGCAUGAAUGUGCUCUUACACACACACACUCACAACCGUCUCACUAUAGAACACACACACACAGAAAUGACUGACCUGCUCUCACUGUGAUCCCUACAGACACCAUACAUUUAACCUAAUAAAUAGAGAGUACAGUAGUAACUGAGGCUCACUACCUGGAGGACAAUGCUGUGUCUGCUGGAUCAGCAGACUAAAAGGACUAAAAGGACCCUCUUCACAAACACGCACACACACACACACACAAAGUUAAUUGAAAGUACAGUCCCUACCAGCCUCCACACGUCUUGUGUCAGUUUUAUUUUAAUGUGUCCAGAUCAGUGGACAAAAUCUGCCUUGAGUAUUUUUGUUUGCAUUGCGACAAGGAUAUUUCCAAGUGCUUUUUUGAGAAGACAAACUGUACUUUUUCUAUUCUUGACAGGAAGCUCUUUUGAUUUGCUACCAAGCAGUGACGUUACAACAAAGAUGUGAACGAACAUGUGUAGCUUAAAGGGCUUUGAAAUACUUGUGUUUGCCAGCAUAGUGAGGCAAAGGAGUUUCUGUCAAAUGCACUGAGCCACGUCUUCCAUAUUUUGGUGUUAUUGGUUCUCACACAUGUACAUUAGGUAAUUUAAUUGUUCUGUAGAUAUGCUCAGUACGAACUGGUGGAUGAUUCUGCAUUUCACAGAGCUUAAUGUGAACCCACCCCUUACCAACCCACACUUUACCAAAUGAUAUGUCUACAGCUUUUCUACUAAAGCUCUUAUUUUUGUAAUAAAAGAUGCAAGUACCCAAACAGACAUGGCAGGUCUUAAAAUGUUGAAAAAAUUUUGUCCAUAAUGUAUUCCAGUACAGACGGAAAUUAAUAUUGAUUAUAUAUAUUUUUGCCCAAUGGGAAAAUGAAUGAAUGGAUGAUGAAAAAAUGAUAUUCCAAAAUGAGGGGUACUGGUUGAUAUGGCAAUGCUGCUAACAGUAAAUUUAUGAAUUCACUCAAAUUAUUUGGUUGUCUAAUAUUUAAGUUAUUUGAGUUAUUUGAGUUAUGUUAAAAAUGGGCAAGUCAUGAUGAAUACGAAUGGGAUAUUCACCUGUAAAACAGUGUAAAUUGUACUGAAGCCAUUUUUUAUUUUUCCGAAAUCGUUCUUUGUGAUGAGGAGUCUGUGGUUCUCUUUGAUGUCAUUGAUGUUUUAAAAAAGAAAAAGGUUUGCAUCAGUGUCCUACGUUGAGCACUACAUUUGUUAUAUUAGAGGUUUGUUUGUUUUUGUGUUAAUAGUGUGAUUAAAAUAUGAUGUUCUAUAUUGAUGUACAUAAUGAUGAGAGCGACUUUUCCUCUGGCUUUUCCCUUAUUUCCCUGUCUAUUUUUAUAGGUCAUGUGUACAUAUGAAGAAAUGCAUCUGCCAUUUUACUAACGGGAGGAGCCAACUGAAAAUAAAAA